AUGUCUGUUACACUUCAUACCACCCAUGGAGACCUCAAGGUCGAGAUUUUCUGUGAGGCAGUCCCGAGGACGGCAGAAAACUUCCUCGCACUCUGCGCCUCCGGAGCAUACAAUAACACCCCCUUCCACCGUCUAAUCCCAGGUUUCGUGCUUCAAGGAGGAGAUAUAUCCCUAGGACCGGCCGCAAAGCAGACAGAAUCGACGAAGCCAAUUCUCCCCUUCGAUAUCCCGAAAGGUGGCACAUCAAUCUACCACCCUUCAGCGCUGGAUCAGGAAAUCCACCUCCCUGCUCUACGACAUAACACUCGGGGGAUAUUGUCAAUGGCAUCCCGACCUCUUAAGGAUAGGACAGCGCCCGGGUCACUAAACGCGACAGGAAACACCAUUAACGGGAGUCAGUUCUUCAUCACUUUGGCGCCGGCGCCGCAUCUCGAUGGAGCAAGCACCGUGUUUGGGAAAGUGUUGAAUCUCUCUCCUCAAGAUGAAGGCGGCGAUGUGUUGACGAAACUAGAAAAGGCGAACGUUAAGGUCGACAAGAAAGGGAGAGUGGUGCAGCCUGCUGAAAAGGAGGAUGGCGAAUUUGAAGCCCUGAGACUCAAUUCAGUGACCAUCCAUGCCAAUCCACUCGCAAAGUGA